CAUCUACAAGAAGUCAUCAAAGUAUUUGAACAGGAGAAGAUGCUCAAGAUGUCUGCUGAAGGUUCGCUCAACACGUACAAACUGUUGUUGGAGGAUUUAAAGAAAGAAAACACUGACAUUCGAGCCAAACUGAACUAUCUUGAAGACUUGCAGAAAAACAGAACGAAUAUAUCACAAGUUACUGAGGAGCUUGCAAAGGAAGCCCAAAAGAGGGAAGAUGCUGAAGGUAAACUGAAGGAUUUGGAAAAAGAUUUCCAAGAUAUAAAGAAUCAACUCAAAAUCAAAAUCGGAGAAAGGUUUGCAACAUACAGGAAAACUUAAGGAUACCAAUAAAGAAAUUGAGCAUCUAAGAGACAAGGUCAGAGAUAUGAUGGAUAACAUGAAGUACAUGGAAAGAAUCCUCAUGGAGAGCCAGAAGAGUAAGGAGUCACUGCAGAAAGAUCAUGAGGAACUCUACAACAAGCUCAGGCGAGCUGUCAGGGUGAUGGUGGAGUCAAAGGCAACUCAGGAGUCACUGGAAUUCAAACUAGACCAGCGUAGACAAGUGAUUGAACAACUUCAGAUGAGCUAUGCCAACACUGAGGACCAGCUGGACACUCUGAGGGAUGUGCUACAAGACAUGAGACACGCGAUGGAUACACUUUAUUCAGAAAAGGAAGAACUGAAGGAUCAACUGGCGAACCAUAUGCAUUGUAAAGCAGAGAUGGCCUUGCACCAAGAGCUGAAGAUGUUGCAGAGGGACAAGGCUAUAACGGAAGAACAGAAACUCUCGCGAGAAGGAGAUGUUGUUGCACCGCCUGCGAGACAAUGAAGACACAAUGAAGGAGCAACACAAACAUCUUAGAGCAUUCCAGGAGCAGUUGGACAGCUUGAACGCACAACUGAGGGAGGCUAAAACACAACUCGCAUCUGAACGUCACAGUCAUACACAACAGGUGUUGGCAGUGCAAGCUGACAAG